AUGAAAUUUCGAUUCUUUCUCUUGUUACCUCACUUCAUUCUUGCCCAGUUUGAUUUCAUGCAGAAAAAUGGAGACUCUGAUACGCCAAGAACGAUUCGAAUCCUGAGCAAUGGAACGGUGAUCGUGCCUAUUGUUGUGUAUAUCGAGGCGGCUUGUUCGCUGAAGGUUGGAACGUUUCCCUUCGAUAAGCAAUCGUGUCCAAUACCGGUCGGCUCGCUAGCCUAUGAUUUUAAACACUCGUACUCAACGGGCAGUGUGGAAAGCGUGAGUCUCGAGAAUCCGGGAAACGGUGAAUGGAUUAUGACAAACGUCUCGAUUUUAUCGUACAUGCAGAGUCCAGAAAUUCAAGUUAUGGCUCCGGUUUUUGAUUUGAAACGCGUUCCCAACUACUAUGUUUACGUGAUCGCUUUGCCGUGCUUUGUCAUGACAAUGCUGGCAAUUGUUGGCAUGUACUGGACGCCGAAUGUGAAAAGUGAACAAUUGGUGAAGUUGAGUAUCGGUUUGACGAGUCUCGUCUCGAUGACCGUUCUUCUCGACAUGUUAUCCUCGUCGAUCCCAAAAACUUCUGUUUUCCCAUUGCUAGGAAUUUAUGUGGUGAUUUGUGUUGGGAUGACGUCAUUUGCUUGUGUCAUAGUCGUCGUUUACCCUCAUCCAAAUCUAAAAGAAAUGAAAUUCGGUAGAAAGAAAGACGAGAAAAGGAAAAGGAUCGAUUUGGCAUCGAAAAUCGUCGCUUUCAUUCGUAAAGGCGGGAACAUUUCAAAU